AUGGCCGAGUACCGCCUCGGACUGCAGCUGCACGGCCACGCCGACGACGUUCGUGGCAUCUGUGUUUGCGGUGAUGCUGGGAUCGCAACAUCGUCGAGGGACCGUACCGUGAAGUUCUGGACCCGGAACCCAGAAAAGGAGAGUGAAUAUGUUCUCUCCAAGACACUCGCAGGACAUUCAAGUUUUGUCGGCCCAUUGGCUUGGAUCCCUCCUUCAGAUCGCUUUCCUGAAGGUGGAAUCGUCUCUGGUGGUAUGGAUACAUUUGUUUUCCUCUGGGAUCUGCAAAAAGGAGAAGUUGUUGAGACAAUGAAGGGGCACAAUUCGCAAGUCACUGGACUCGCUGUAGACACUAACGGUGACAUCAUCUCUUCAUCCAUGGAUUGUACUGUAAGACGCUGGAGAAAUGGCAAUGCUAUAGAGGUUUGGGAAGCGCACAAGGUUGCAGUGCAAACUGUUCUAAAGCUGCCCACAGGGGAACUCUUUACUGGUUCAAGUGAUUCCACUAUUAAGCUAUGGAAAGGAAGGACUUGCUUACAGACGUUCUCAGGACAUGCAGAUACUGUUAGAUGUUUAGCCUCAAUGCCAGGUCUAGGAAUUCUUUCUGCCUCACAUGACAGCACUAUCAAGUUAUGGGCAUUGACAGGUCAGCCCCUGCUGGACAUGAUCGGGCAUUCUUCUCUUGUAUAUUCUGUGGAUGCACAUUCUUCAGGUCUAAUUGCUAGUGGCAGUGAGGAUCGCUCUUUGAAGAUAUGGAAAGAUGGUGUCUGCAUUCAAAGCAUUGAACACCCGGGAUGUAUAUGGGAUGCUAAAUUCUUGGGAAAUGGAGAUAUUGUUACUGCUUGUUCUGAUGGCACUACAAGGAUAUGGACAGCAGAUUCUAACAGGUUCUGCAGUGAUGAGGAACUUGCAGCUUAUACAGAUCUUAUUUCUCAAUACACAAUUAGCAGAAAGACUGUUGGUGGACUCAAGUUGAUGGAUCUACCAGGGGUGGAGGCGCUGCAAGUUCCAGGGAACUCUGAUGGACAAACAUUAAUUGUUCGAGAAGGGGACAAUGGUGUUGCAUAUUCAUGGAAUUCAGCAGAGUUAAAAUGGGACAAAAUUGGUGAAGUUGUGGACGGACCUGGUGAUGCUGCUGAAGGCCAGGUUCAUGAUGGUGUUCGGUACGAUUUUGUUUUUAAUGUUGAUAUUGGAGAUGGAGAACCUAUACGAAAACUACCCUAUAACCGUUCAGAUGACCCCUACACAGUCGCGGACAAGUGGCUCCUGAAAGAAAAUCUGCCUUUGACAUAUCGCCAACAGGUCGUAGAAUUUAUACUGCAGAAUUCUGGCCAGAACAACUUUGUUCCAGAUCCUUCUUUUCGGGAUCCCUAUACUGGGGCCAACGCAUAUGUACCUGGGCAACCAUCUUCAUCGAAUGGUAAUGCUCCGAAACCAACUUUCAAGCACAUACCAAAGAGUGGAACGCUGUCAUUUGAGACAGCUCAGUUCGAUGGAAUCCUAAAGAAAGUUACAGAGUUUAAUGCAAGACUUUCAUCUGACUCGGAACAGAAACAAUUAUCUCUGUGUGAGGCGGAGAUGUCAAGAUUACCUGCCAUAGUGAAAGUGUUGAAAGAGACAUCAUUUUAUCACACAAGUAAGCUUGCAGAUGCUGAUAUGGCAUUGUUGGUAAAGAUAUUGAAGGCUUGGCCUCCACAAAUGAUGUUUCCAGUUAUUGAUUUUCUGAGAAUGUUUGUGUUGCAUCCUGAUGGAGCUGCUCUACUUCUCAAGACCAUCGAAACUGGAGAUGAUAUACUUUUGGAAACCUUUCGUAAAGCUGUUGCGCCGCCUGCACAGCCAGCAAAUUUGCUUACAGUUCUUAAAGCUGUGACAAACUUGUUUGACAACUCAUGCUUGCACCAGUGGUUGAGGAUCCACUGCGCUGAGAUCAUUGAUUCCUUGUCUAACUGCAAGUCUUCGUUUAGCAAGAAUGCACACUUGGCAUAUGCCACGCUUCUGCUGAACUAUGCUGUUCUUUCAAUUGAAUCAAAGGAUGAACAAAGUCAGGCACAAAUUCUUUCUGCCGCCCUUGAAAUCGUUGAAGAUGACACUCAAGAUUUUGACUCAAAAUACCGGGCACUUGUUGCAAUCGGUUCUCUUAUGCUCAAGGGCCUCGUGAAGUCCCUUGCUCUUGACCUCGAUGUUAAGAGCGUCGCGAGCAGCGCGAAGUCCUCUAUGGACACGAAGGUUGCAGAAGUUGGAGGUGAUAUCGAAUUGCUAACAAGAUGA